AUGCCCUCAGAAGUAGUUAAUUUCUUUAAAAGACUUCUAGGCUCUUAUGAUCAUAAUGUUAAAGAUUGCUCCACCAGUCUUCUUAAAGACCUCAUGCUUCCUAUCCCCACUCUAAAGACUAUGAUGGCCUCACUAAGGAAGUCGUUUGUGAAGAGAUCAAAGAGGCAAUCUUCAGUCAAGGAAAUGAUAAGGCUCCAGGCCCUAACAGCAUUUAAUGACACUACAAUUGCCUUGGUCCCAAAGAUUCUAAAUCCCAACAAAGUUUCAGAUUUUUCGCCCUAUUUCAUGAGUACUAUUUACAAUACUCUUCUUGACCAAGAAAUUAUGAAAGGAUAUGGGAAGAAAACAAUUUCACCUAGAUGUGCUUUGAAAAUUGAUCUUCAAGAAGCUUUUGACUCAAUUCACUGGAGCUUCAUUCCAUCCAUUCUAAAGGCUCUUGCUAUUCCAAAUAUUUUCAUAGAGUGGAUUGAGGCCUGCUACUCUGCUGCAUCUUACUCCGUAGCCUUCAAUGAAAGCUUGAUUGGGUAUUUUAAGGGUGCCAAGGGUCUUAAACAAGGUGACCCCCUCUCUCCUAUUUUGUUUGUUAUGGUGAUGAAUAUCCUCUCUAAAUUACUCAAUAAUGCUACUACAAAAGGGAUUUUUAGCUUCCAUCCUAAAUGCAAGAAAAUCUAUCUUACUCACUUAACUUUUGCUGAUGAUUUACUAAUUUUCUGCAAAGUCAAUCUAGAAUCUCUAAUGGGAGUCACCACUGUUCUUGACUACUUCUAG